AUGUCAACUUUGAGUCAACAACGUAAACUGGUUGAACAACCACGUGAAGAGGGAAACAUGGAUUGUCGUCCCGUUUGUGAAUGUGAACAAGAAAUGACUGUGUGUAUGCAACAGAAUGGAGAAGAAGAUUGUCUAGUUUCAGGAUUUGCGUGUAACACAGCUAAUCGAUUGCAAGAAAAAGGUGGAUGCGUGAUGAUUGACAUCGAUCAUUUUAAAAUUUACCCUUUUGGUUCAAUAGGUAUACAUAGAGUAGACUUUGUCGGACAAAUUGAAAUUCAUAUACCAGGUAGUGAUGGUUCUAAUUCAGUGAUCUUGGAUGAAAAGGAAUUAUUGGCUGUCAGAUGGUUCCAUAACAUAAUAGAUAAUGGUACACAUGUUACAAACAAGAUACGUUGUCUGAUAUAUCCGAGUGGGAAGAUAUCUGUCUAUUAUGAGGACGUCCCUACGAAAAUUAGUGAGGGUAGGCUGCUAUCAAUAAUCAAAGGAAAUUUUCGGUGCCAAACAAAUAAGAAACAUUUAAAAGAAUAUCAAUUUCCUGUGAAAUGGAUAAAAAGUGGCACGUUAGUGGAGUAUGAACCCAUUGGCAAACUUUGUGCAAAACACAACUCAACUAGAGCAUGUCAAAACGCAUCAACAUCAAAUAUGUCAUGUAUCUGGUGUGAAAGAGCUAAAACAUGCAUCGAAAGUAAUGAUCGGAGUACACAUCAACUUAAAGUAAAUGAUUGCCGAAUUGAGGUAAGUACUUGCACGGAUGGUGAUUAUUUGUGUACACCAACACCAAUCAAACACAUUGAAACAACUUCGGGGAUCACCGAAGUUCAGAAUAUGACUAAUCAAAUAAACAAAGAGAAUAACCAGGACAAAUCAUUUCAGUAUUUAUAUAUUGUGAUACCAUUGAUCAUCGCCUGUUUUGUCGUUUACAUCGGUUAUGCUAUUUGGAAAUGGUUGUAUAAGAAGAAGAAAAGUAGUUGUUCAUGA